AUGGAGUGGCAUGAACAACAUGAUGAUUUGAUGCAAACACAUGAAGACGAUAGUGAUGGUGAAGCAUCUUAUAAUAGGAAAUAUGUCACUCAGAAGUUGAACCACGGAUUGCACAGAAUUUGGAAGGUACAUAAGCUCACUCAACAAACAGAGACUCUUGCACUGCAUGAUCAUAAGAUCUCUCCUAAAAUAGGCGUAAGAAAAUAGAAAAUAUCGGCUGCGAAUAAGGCUGCGUGUGCUAUUGAGGCGCUUGGUAAAAAUCAAUCUGCAAGCUUGAAAAUCAAAUUCAUUCAAUGCUUGCUACCUGUAAUCCAUCAUCCCGGGAAGCACGUACAACACCAUGUCAAUCUCAAAAAUAUAGAAAGUGCGAUAACUUGAGGAAUGAGUGAGAUAUGAAAAAACUGUAAACGUCAUUCUUCAUCACUCAACCAGUACUUUUUAGCAAAACAAUAAAAAAUGGAGUAAAAGUUUCGUUUUAUAAACACUCGUUUCAUAAACAUUUGAUUUCACGGCCUGCAUUUCACAAUCAAUCAGAAAUUCCGCAGAGAAAGAUUAUGUCGCCGAGUAUUCGUUGCAUGGCAUCGUGGGCUCAAGUAAAAAAAUUUCGCGUGCUUCUUUGUUUUGCUUUACUUUAAUAUGUUGCAACAAAAUAAAGCUCAAGUUGUAAGUUUAAAGUGUUCGUAAUUAUUUCUGAGUCACCUAACAUUGUUUUGGGGCCUUUAGCCUUUUCUUAACUUCAAAAUUCUACCAAAAAUUUAACAACUUUACCGACUAUAUCUUGAAAUAAUUAAGUAUUCGCCUCAUUAUUACUCAGUAUACACGUCAGCAUGUACAAUCUACGCAUGCUCUGUUUAGAUGAGCUCAUCUUAGUUAUCGAUUUGUGGCCGCAAUUUCUGACCGUGUAACGGUCGCGAAAAUAUCAAGGUCGCCGAUGUAAUACUGUAGAGUAUUGGUAUAUUUCUACAAUCAGAAAAGACUGAUUUUCAUCCAGUACAUCAGCAAAGCACAGCAAAUAUGCCGACUUCACAUCGUCGAACAUGACUUGAACACGACAGUUACGAGCAAAAGGAAACCAGGCAGAAAACGACAUGCAUGUUUGCCAUUUGCGAAGAACAAGUCAUAGUCACAAGUAUUUCACCCGGUACUCCCUUCGAACAAGACCGGAAGCCUGCAUCGCCUGAAUGGUUUGACCAAGAAAUUGCAACGUGAUGGCUUGACUGAGCAAUAUGACAAUAUAAUUCGUGAACAAGUGGAAGCAGGGAUUGUGGAAAAGGCACCGGACAUGCCAGUGAAUAAAGAAUUCUAUAUACCACACAAGUGUGUUGUCAAGGAAAAGUCGGAGACGACCAAAUUACGUAUAGUAUACGAUGCUUCAGCACGUGCAACGCCGGACAGUCCAUCCCUGAACGAAUGCCUGCACAGCGGUCCAUCCCUGCAAAACAAGCUCUGGGAUGUCCUGAUCCAGCAACGAGCUUUUCCUGUAAUGGUUUCGGCAGAUAUUCGUCAAGCCUUUCUACAGAUACGAGUGAGAGAAAAUGAAAGAGAUGCCUUGCGGUUUCAUUGGCGGAGAAGUGAAAUGGACGUGGUAGAAACAUUUCGUUUUGCGAGGGUAUUAUUCGGUUUAGCUCCAUCACCGUACCUGCUCGAAGGGGUCCUUGAAAGUCAUCUCGACGCAUGGGCUGACAGAUAUCCUGAUGAGGUUGCACUGCUACGCCGUAGCAUGUAUGUUGAUGACCUGUUAACGGGAGGGAGAACUGUCCAAGAAGUACAGACGAGGAGAGAGAUAGCGAAGGAAAUAUUACAUGAUGCCACUUUUGAGCUUCACAAAUGGAACUCAAACAUUCCACAAUUAGAAGAUGAUGCAUCCCCAGAAGAUCACCGAGAGCAAUCCUACGCGAAGCAGCAACUUAUGGUCAAAUCGAGUGAAACUAAGCUACUAGGGCUGAAGUGGGACAAACGUAAGGACACCCUAGCAGUGACAUUUCCGGACGAUGAAGUGCAGAAAACGAAGCGUGGGGUAUUGAGCAAGCUGGCGAAAGUAUACGAUCCGUUGGGGCUGGUUUCACCGGUGACUCUCGAAGGAAAGCAAAUAUACCGAGACGUGUGCGACGCAAAGAUAUCUUGGGACGUGAACCUUGACGGUAAACUCCUGGAAAGAUGGGUGAAAUGGGAACGCUCCUUACCAUUGGAACAAACGGUACCGAGAUCAAUCGUGAAUCACCAAGAAGAAGUUACAGAAAUCGAACUGCACACCUUUGGUGACGCAUCCAUUCAAGGUGUUGGGGCUGCAGUAUACGCUGUUGUCAGACAACCAUCGGGGACAACUCAACAACUAGUGACGGCUAAGAGCAGAUUAGCGAAGCGAAGCUUGACUGUACCAAGGUUAGAGUUGGUUGGUGCACACAUGGCCACCAACCUGGCAGUAAAUGUUCGUAACGCCCUUCCGAAGGUUCCAGUGCCAUCUAUUCAUGCAUGGACCGACAGCAUGGUUGCGCUACAUUGGAUAUGUGGAAAUGGAAUGUACAAACAAUUCGUAGCCAAUCGUGUGGCCAAAAUCCAAGCGCACCCGGAAGUCCAGUGGCGGUAUGUGCCCACAUACGAUAAUCCUGCUGACAUAGCAAGCCGUGGGGGAACAGUCUCAUCUUCAGAGCUAUGGUGGACUGGACCAGAAUGGCUCCAAGAUCCUUCUCAAUGGCCAGAUAACCCAGUGCUACAGACGUCGCCUGAAGCGGAAGCAGAAGCGAAGGUGAUUCGUGAAGUCCUAUGUGUGUCCAAAUCAGAACCAGCAUCUGACGAAUUUGACGAUAUCCUUGGGCGAACCAGCUUUCGUAGAACUCUGCGGAUUUGUGCCUGGAUGAACCGAUUCAUCCACAACUGUAGAUAUCAAGAUAAGAGAGUCGGACCCUUGGCUACAGAGGAAGUUGAAGCUGCAAAGGAAUGGUGGAUCAAGCGAGUACAGUUGCGGGACAGCUGGCAAACCCAAUACCCGGAAACCAGCGCUCGUUUAGGCCUCGAACGAACUGAACGUGACAUCAUGGUAUGCAAAGGGAGAAUCCAGGGAAGUUAUCCUAUUUACCUUCCGCAUGAUGCAGUAUUUACAAAGAAGCUAAUUCAGCGCGUACACUGUGAAACGCUUCACGGGGGAGUGGGGAUUACCAUGGCCGCGGUGAGAGAGUGUUAUUGGGUCCCUCGACUUAGAUGUUUAGUUAAGAAAGUACGCAGUGAUUGCUGGGGUUGUAAAAGAUUCCGUGUGAGAGCAGCAACCGUACCAGUUCCGGGACUUCUACCAAAGGACAGAACUAAUCCAGGAACUGCCUUUGAAGUGGUCGGUAUAGAUUUCGCGGGACCAGUGAAAUACAAGAAAACGGCGAAAACCGAAGGAAAGGCAUAUUUGGCAAUAUUCGCUUGCAGCCUGUCAAGAGCCAUUCAUUUGGAGCUUCUGCAAAACCUCGAGACGCCCACAUUUCUCGUAAGCCUGAAGAAGUACAUCGCCCGCCGUGGGCGCCCGCGAGUAAUAUAUUCUGAUAACGGUGGAACAUUCGUGAAGGCGAGUGCCUGGUUAAAGCAAAUACGUAAGGAUGAACGAAUACGUGGGCUAGUCGAGGAAUACGAGAUAACAUGGAAGUUCAAUCUCAGCCGCGCCCCGUGGUGGGGCGGCCAAUUUGAAAGGUUAAUCGCAGUGGUAAAGUCGGCAAUGUACAAGGUUGUUGGAGGAGGAUUCUUGACGUGGGACGAACUAGCUGAACUGAUGUUAGAUAUCGAAAUACAGAUAAACCGACGACCCUUAUCAUACAUGGAGGACGAUGUGGAAUUGCCAACCCUAACCCCAUCUACAUUCUUGUACCAACGUUCAAACCAUCUACCCAUCGAAGAGUCAUGGAGAAUCGAAAGUCAUGAUCUUAGGAAACGUGCUAAGUACCUUCUUGCCUGCAAGAACAACCUGUGGAAACGUUGGAAGAGGGAAUAUCUAACGGCACUGAGAGAAAGACAUAGUAUGAUUCAUGCGAGAACGAAGUUCUGUCCCAAAUCUGGAGAUGUGGUCAUAGUGUUGAGCGACAACAAGAAUCGGGGAGUGUGGCCUUUAGCUGUGGUCGAAGAAACCUUUCCUGGCAAGGACGGAGUCGUGAGAGCUGUGCGGCUCAAGACAAAGAACGGGGUACUGGAAAGACCGGUGCAGUACUUAUAUCCCAUGGAACUGAGUUGUGACGAGUUUUCAAAGAAACCGACGAAGCUGAAUGCUGCAGCACCAAAGUUUGAACCUCGACCGAGCAGAGCAGCUGGCGAAGCAGCGCGUAUACGUAUUCAAGAGAUGGCAGAAGAAGGCGACAUAUGAACAUAUGAACAAAUCGAACACGCAGAUUUUAAUCUAUAUUUACAUUGAGUUAAAGUAGGAAAGUUGCAAAACAAUUAUUAUUGGCUAAACUGUGAAAUAAUAUACAUCCCCCUGGGAAUGUAUAUGGGGGAGUGUGUCGGAGAUUGUGACGAACACUCGCGUGACCGGAAGUAAACUGCUAUAAUUCAGCCAAUAGUAGGGCUGCAUUUACAUGUGCUUAUAUAGCGUAAUAAUUUUUGUUGUUGACAGAGAGAGUUUUUGUGAGAUUACCGAUAUAUAGCGAAGAUAUAUCAUUAAAACUUUAUUUAAAUAUCGAUACGAGUGAUUUUUCGUAGAUACGUACUCUGGAGGCGAGGAAUUUUACAAAAAUACCAGGGCUGACAUGAAAAAUAGAGGCAAUUUGGCGAGUAAUAUCUUUAGAAAGAUACAAUUUGAGUUGCGCUUGCGGAAUGCAGCAAUAAGACUUUGAUCUGGAGAUCAAUUUGGUGUUUUGUUAAGCCUAUUUUUCAAAAAUAAUGAAUGAAAAAUUUUCGUGGGGCAGAUAAAUAUCCCAUGUGGGCAGGGACGAGAAACAUGAUAUCAAUUUUCAUUGGCCUUACUGCGAUUUUCUGUUGAGCUUAGAGACAGGAAGUUUAGCUAGAUAGUUUAAUCGUUGAAACUUACAAGUUACCAAAGACAAAUUCCAAUGUUGUCUAGCGAAAAUGAGAAUGUUUCAUGAGAGAUUUAAGGAUUUUCCACCAAUCACAGCAAAGGAAUUUGAAUCUGUUCGCUAUGAUUGGUCGAAAGUGCUUAGACAACAUGCUCAGAUUACAUCACAAAUGUUGCUCUCUAAACGGAAAAACUUUGCCGAUCUAAGCUCAACUGCAAAUUGCAUAAUUUAUUCAAUCGAAUUCAUUGUUUUGAUUGGCUGAUAGCCGUAAGCGAAUUUGUCAUCAAUUCAAUAGCAAUUAUAUGGAGGGGUGAUGACGACAAUGACGUACCGACUGUGGAAGGUGUGAAGAGCAACGUGCAUAAAUUUGUUCUACAACCGGCUACUGUUUUAUCAUUUAAAUAAAUAAAUAAAACAAUUAUUGAUUUCACCCUCCCCCCCCUAAUAUAUGAAUUACUCCGAUUGGCAGGGCAAUUAAGGAUCUUGCAAGGCAACAAAAUUGCAGGCAUAAUAGAUUUUUGCAGGACAAUUAUGCCAAACACCCCUCCCCCCCCUCAACUAAACAGCCCCUGGUUGUGCCAAUUUCGCCCCUGGUUGUGCCAAUAGCAUAGGAUAAUAGCAUAUGUAUACUGUAGUCUCAUUGUCUGAAGUCUGUGCCAGAAAAAAGAGAUACAAGUAUAUUGCCCAAAUUUCCUUAAAAAAAUUGACGAUUCAUCAAGUCUUGGGGUCUGCAGCCCCAGCCCCGUCUUGUAUGCUUACGACACCCAUAUAUCCACAUAUAAAUUUUGCUUUGACAAGUACUGUAAGUGUAUUCUAAAUAAGAAAUGGUGCUGUAGUUAUAAUUAUGAUACUAUUGCAACAACAAAAACUUUCAUGAAUUUGUUUUAUAGGACCUAAAUGAUGAUAAUGAACAGAAAGAAUCCUGUGUUUCUCAGGAUAUUUUUAACUUGCAGAGACAGGUACAGUGACUACUGUAAUUUAUAUUAACAAAAUAUAUAUUAACAAAAUUUUAUUUUAGUUAAUCUUGCUGAUGCAAUAAUUUUAAAUUAAAAAUGUGUCAAAUAAAUAAAGCAUGAAUUUGACUUUGUUGAAAACCUUCAGCUAUUUAUAGCUUGUAAACAAGUAAAGUUUUCCCACCAAUGUAAUAUUGGUUGCUGAUGUUUUUGUCUGGCAUACAUCUCAUUCUGCCUAGCUGGGCUCAUGCUAAUGGACAAAUGCACCAUACUUUAAUAUUUUACUUUGCCUGAUACCAGACAAAGUAAAAUCUACACAGAGAGUUGCAAAUUAAUGAAUGAAUAUAUUUUACAUGAACCUUGAACACCUACUUUUAUAGAGAUUAGGGAGUGGUCAUUAUUUAUGGGGAGGGGGGGUGGGAAAUGGGGAAAAGAAGAAUUGAAAACUUUUUUGACCCCCCCCCAGACUGAAGGCAAACUUUUUGUGCCUCCCCCCUCAUAAAAGUAGAAACUUUUCUGACCCCCCCCCCAGCGUGGAUUGAAAAAUUAACAGCAAUGAAACAGGUGUGUGUUGCAGGUAAAGUUAGAUAUUAGGACAAUCUGUUUAAUCUAGCUCAUGAUGUUUUACCCUGGUGAAUAUGAUUCAACCAUAUAUGAUUAAAAAAUAUAUAUUAUGUGUUACUACUUUGCAAUGCAACAUUUGUCCUACCAUAACCCUAACCCAUAACCCGUCUUCAUACAGCGAAAUGAUUUGAACACAGGGUUUUUUUAAGAACUUGUCUGGGGGGUGGGCAUCUACAAAAAGGGACCAUACUAUAUUGAGUGUGGAGAGAUGACAGAUGGUUGUUGGUGACAAAAAGUUUGGUGUGGUAUCGUAUGUACUAGUAGGGGGGUCUGGGGGUAUUCUCCCCCAGAAAAUUUUUUGUAUUUUUCCACCCCUAGAACUGAAAUGUGAGCAUUUUCUGAAACAGAUUUUUGGAUAUACAGCGUUACAUUGUGCGUUGAUAGACCAAAUCUGAUCAGUUAAGUGUAUUUGCAUGGUAUGUUUAUGUAAAUACCACAACUGGGUCACUCAGGGGGUAGAAAGCUUGUUAAACUUAGUGGGCCCGACUCCCACGAUCGCGAGGCGCUACCAUGGUUGGCGCCGAGCAGGGAAAUUUUGAAAAUUUUGAGUCUCUAGAUCGUUGGAAAUAGCAUUUUCAGAGUCUUCUUUUUUGCUAUUUGUGAUUAUAGAAAUCAGAACUCUAGACAUGGUAUUUAAGUUCAAAAACUUUUAUGACCCCCCCCCUUUCUCUGUGUUAAAACUUUUUUGACCCCCCUUUAUAAGGGUAAAACUUCGUUUGCCCCCCCCCUCCCCAUUUCCUAAUCCCCCCCCCCUCCUCCUCCCCAUAAAUAAAGACCACCCCCUUAGUACUGUAACUUGCUUUGAAGGGAUAGGGAUACCAUUUGUUUGUGUGAACUGAGUAUGUUAUUGUAUUUCUUAGUGCAAGACAUAG